ACUUUCCUUUCUCUCUGGCUUCACUCUGUUUGAUUGUUCAAGCCAAAAAGAUCAACCCUUUUUUUUGUAAUGGCUACUUCACUUACACUCUUGACUCCAAAUACUAAUAACCCAACAGCAAAAGCCUUGGAAGAUGAAGCUAGACCAGCUGUGGGGUUUGUGAAGAGCAACAAAGGAAGGAAACCAACUGGGAAAGGUCCAUACCAAAAGAAACAGCCACAAAGAGGCAUGGGAGUGGCUCAACUUGAACGUUUAAGGCUCCAAGAAAAGUGGAAGAAAAUGACUGAAGCAACGACAACAACGAUCACUACACCAACAACCCAGUUUCCUUCUGACCCUAUUGGGACUACUAAUGUUCCUGUGCUUCAUGGUGUAGCGAACUAUGGUGUUCCCAUGAUGAUCAAUGGUGGGAAUGGGGGUUUAUUGGGUUGGGGUGACACAGCUGGUUUGGUGAUGCAAAGGGCUGUUGGAAAUGGAGGGUUUGGUGGGUUGAAUGGUCAGGUUUUGGUUGGAGCUCCUGGUAGUGUUCAGGUUGCUUGUGGUGCUGGUGUUGUGGAGGCUUCUAAAGAGCUCUCUUCAAUGCCAAAGUUACAGCAUUGUAAGCCUGAUCGUUGUGAUGUUUGCUUUAAGAAGAAGCGCUGUAAUGGGGACAAUGUAAGGUUUAAUGGAGGGUUCAACCAAUUUGGACAAAUUUUGCCCAACAAAGGAGACCAUUUUCUAGGAUGGAACCAGGAAAACAAUCAAAACAUCAAUGAAGAGAUAAAUGGAUUCAGUGCUAGAGCUGCGAGGAGUGCUGCAGCCUAUGCAGGCCACAUGAACAUCAAUGAGACUGUGGAGGUGGUGGCAAUUCACAGGAAAGGAAGCUCUAUGGGCACCGGAAGUGUUCUCAUGGAGUAUGAAUUCUUCCCAGGGAAAAGUAGCAGAAGCACUUCUUCCAAGGAAUGGGAAUUGCCUGCAGAAGCUUCAGUUGCAGUGGGUGGUGAAGCUUCUUAUGCUAAUGCUUCUAAUUGUGUUGAUUUGUCCCUCAAGCUUUCAUAUUAGAACCACAUUGAAAUGUCUGGUUUUGGCUUUGUUGGUUUACUGUUACAUUGAUUUGGGUGUAAUUAAUGAGUUUGAACCCAAAUCCCAAAUACAGCUUUAAAGUUUC